CCGUCAGCCCAUCAUUCAGGGCUUCAUCGUCUAUCGCUGACCUUUCCCCAUCAAACCCGAUCUUUUCCAUCCCAUUUCCAUCGAAUUUCGCACCGGGGCGACCAUCUCUACUACACUUCUACUUCACUUGACGGUCCCCCAGCCCCCUCUGACCGCCUUGCGUGAUGGCACGCUCUCGGUCGCGCUCUGCCUCGACGAGGCCUUACGAGUCUACGCUAAAAUCAACAAAAGCCGUGACCAACCCCAAGGCUGCCGUACCGAGUCUAUCUCGUAGACGUGUUACAAGGAGUCAGAGUCGUGAUCCUGAGAACUCGGGCCUGGAGAAUGCAGUCGUGGGCACCGGUCGGCCCUCUUUGAAUGGUCCGAGAUGGAAACAAAACAUGGGCAAAAGCGGAAAGGGUCUCGAUGCUGUUGUGGAAGAAUCGCCCGUCAGGUCGCCUGCCAAAUCGCCUCGCAAUAGCGGUGCUCGUCGCGAAAGCCAUGCUGCACCGGGUUCGCCCGAAGAUGCUGCCAACAUCUCCGGCACCACCAUUCUCCCUUCGGAGCCGGACACUGACCUGGAUCCCGAGAUGAUGCUCGAGUCUCUGCCGGACCUGGAACGUGCUGCGCGAGACGUCUUGAAACUGCUUGUUCCUGCAUCUACGGACCCGGUCAGCAUCGUCAAUCUAGCAGCGAAGCUGGCAGAUCCCAAGAACACGCAGAGCAGGCGUCUUUCCCGCUCAAAGUCUAAGUUCGAGUCAGAGGCCAGCUACUUCGGAAGCCAUUCAUAUAUAGACACCGAAAGGGUCAGCGAGGCGAUAUACUCGGCCCUGGAGAAUAAGUGCGAUGGACUCGCCAAUGAUUGGACCCCUGACCUCAGUGUGCAAAAGGCCAACUGUGCGCGGUUUGCCAUCGAGGUGCUCCUGGCCCGAACUGAGACAGACGCUCCAAGACAGGCCAUUCAACAUGUCGAAGGCCUGUUUCCGUCUGUCUUCAUGAACAAUGUUGUUCAUGACGGUCAACGACCGGCAGUGGGUGAAAGUUCUCUUGGAAAAGACACUUUCAAUCUUGCUUUGGAGAUCAGGACGCAGUUUCUGAUUGCGUCAAUGGAGGAUCAACAACAUGACCCUGGUUUUGAUCCUGAUGCCAUACUAAAAUUGGCAUUCUUCGUGGAGGAAAUUGAUGAGGACGUUUACGAUAGCAACGAGGCACCACUCCGAGGCUUCAACUUGGACAAUCUUGGUGGUGCAGAUGGAUACCUUCCUUCGCGCUAUAGAGAUGCUGCUUAUGAUCGUUUCAACGAAAUGCGGGUCUUGGUAUCGGACGGGCCGGAUGAGUUGAAAAGCGCGUUCCGAUGGCCGAGAUUCGCACUGAAAGCUGCCCAAUGGCUUCGCAAACGCAACGAUGAAAUUGACAAACAAUUGAACAAACAGCGGCAGGCAGACGACCUGAAAGAUGAGUAUUUUGCUACUCCCAAAACGGGAUCCAAGAUGGGCAGUGUACCUCCUCGCUCCGCAGCCACCCUGAGUCCCGCAGGAAGAGCAAGCGCGAGACCCUCCUCUGUUGCCGCUGAAAACCAAAGAAUAAUGGCUGCUCGAGGCUCGCCUUUUGCGGCGACCCCAACUAGAUUAAGAAUAUCGAGCAAUCUACGAGAAUUGGAAACCCCUGGCGUUUCGGGCACGGAAGGACCGAUUUUCACGGCGCCAUCCAUUCAACCGAGGAUAUCGGACGCUCAAAAAGAACCUGCUGUCCCGGAAACAUCGAAUGGUCAAGGAUCGCCGACCGAGGGAGCCCCCAUCGAUGAUGGUGCUCCGAAACCCCCUAGCAAUGAGGAAGAGCCUAGGACUGCCUUUGAAAACCGGGAGCGGCGUAAAUCAAAACCCUCUUUUCUGAAUGCGUCCUCCAUCGACCGCAUAAUGCAAAGACAGAGGCGACGGUCCGACUUCGUGCAGCCUUCGCCACAGGCCGAGGGUGACACUCUCGCAUCCGAAGACCAAAGCAAUACAUUGCCCGCUACCUCGCAAUCUAGAGCUGCAGACCCAGUAGCACCUGCAGCACCUGCAGCACCUGAAGCGCCCGUGGAGCCUGCCAACAUGCCAGAUCCCCAUAUGGACAGUCCUCUUUUUGUGCCCCAAGACGACGACUUGCUGACAAUCAAUGAUACUGGCUUCACUCUCGAUGGAGAUAACUCAAGAAUUCAGAUCGAGCGGUCUCACAGCCCUCCCGUCGGAAAUAGAAUAAGUCACGGGCCAGGGCGUCAAAGGACGGACUCUAUAGCAAGCAUCCCUGUGAAUCCACCCUCGAUCCUACCUUCCGAUCGGGAAUUAUGGCAAGCGACCAAAAAGCACGCCGCUUCUAGUUCCCAGGCAACGAAGGAUAAGCACCCACGGGCAGCUUUUAUCGAUCAUCAAGAGAACGCCCACCGGGUCUCGCCAAUCAGUCACGGGGUAAGCUCACGCAGCGCCCAAAGAUCAUCCAAUAAGCGACGACGUGACGAGUCGGACGAUCUGGAGGAAAAUGAAGAAAGCGGGAAUGAUUUCUCGACGGACGCACGCGCACUUGAUAUUUCUCGCAAACGCGCAGAAAAGCCAGCACAGCCCACGAGCAAGCGUCAGAGAACCACGACUAAUGAGGAACCGCAAGCCGCGCCUGAGGUGCCAGGAGAGAGCCGCGCGACCAGACGGGGGUCGGCAACCAUUCCGUAUCGUUCUUCACAGCUCACCUCUACCAAUCAGUCACACGUACGAUGGCAACCGGCCGAAGACGAACGGUUGCUCCGCCUCAUCAAGGAAAACGAGUGUAAAUGGGCGUUGAUCGAGCAAGAAAACGAGGCGCAGCCCGAGAAACCAGGCGAGAAGAGAAUCGAGGGCCGAAACCAGGUUCAGCUGAAGGAUCGGGCACGGAACUUGAAGAUCAAAUAUUACCGGGCUCGACAACCUCUCCCAAAGAACUUGGAAAAAGUAACUAUGAAACAGAAGGACAAGGCCCGGCUCGCAAACAUGGGCAUUAUCGUCCCUGACAACUAACCGAUCGCCCCCAUGCGGAGUAUGGACGGAUGAUACCUCGCUUUCUUGCUUUUUAUUUGUUUAAACUUUGGAUCGAUCAGUCCUAACGUCAGCAUGUCAGCAUGACUAUGGACUAUAGUAUGAUUCCUUGUUGCCUUGAUACCCCUGAAUUGUUCUGUUGGAAAGCGUUGGAACUAUUUCUUUUUCUUGUUUUGUUUCGGAGCUUUCUGCCUUAAUGAUUCCUAGCGAUCGUGUGUUCCAUUGUUCGUAUAUACUAGAUGGAAGUCAUUUUGGUUAAUGAUAUGAUUUCGGUUCCAAUUUUCUUUUCAUCUUGAAUAAUUGAAUCUCUAUAGUAAAAGCGAGUGUAUAUCGUGGGUAUCUCCAAACCAAAAAAAACAAAAAAGAGAAAGUAAGCCAUUCAUCCAUUCAACCUUCAAUCUUGAAAUCAACCAGCAAUUCCAAGUCCCAACCCAACAACCCAACAACUCCGAAGGUCAUGGCAAAGGAUCGAAAGGAAUCAAAUCAAUCAUUAGGUCAGUAGGGGGGAAGGGUCCACUUAGGUGUUCGUCAACAGCUUCAGACCCCAAAUACCGGAACACGCCAAUGCAUGGAAGGUCUGCGGAUCGUAUUUCCAAGCCACAGACGGAAUAUUGUACAUGGGUAAAAAAAAAUAAAAAUUUGUCGGUAAAGAAAAAAAAGGUGAAAGAGUGAAGAAGAAGAAGAUGGAAAAGGAUGCAACGAACAGGGUCGGUCAGUUGGUCAGGCACACACAACAAAUAAACAUCCACGAACUAGUAUUACUGUGUCCUUGGUAAAGACCGACCGGUUCGUCAAACAUUGUCUGUCUGACUGACUGACUACCUGUCCUAUUAGAAGACAGGAGAGAUAGUCUUGUUCAGACGAGGCAGUGCGAUAGUGUGAUUGCGAAAGGUGUCGAAGGGACGAAGAAAAAAAGCAAAUCCAACUACCGGGCCACACUGGAUCUCCAUAAUUAAUCAAAAGGCAGACCCCAGCACCAAUGGUAGAAGAAUCGCCCCCACAACCGACCCAACAGCAGCCGGGCCAGCGGGCCCCGCAGCACCGUUAGACGAACUCUCGGGGUCCGCGCUAGACGAGGCUGACGAGGAAGAAGACGACGACGAAGACGAUGCCUGCGUCGCGGCGAGCGCGGACGGUUCUGCGACGUCGGCGUUCUUGGGCGCCGUGGUGGGCGCCGUCAGGAUGCUGUUCGGGAUGCUAGUUUGGGUGAUUGCUGCGCCGGUGGCCACGAGGUUGGGGUUGAUGCUCAUGAUGGCCUUGGGUUCGGAAGUCGAGGACGAUGACUUUGGUUCGGUUGAAGAGGAUUGCGGUUUGGAGUGUUCGGGGUUGGUUGAUGAGUCGUAUACGAUAGUCCAGACGUCAUCGCCUCCACCUAGGGUUUGAGAUUAGCGAUGUGUUUUAGAUUUGUUUUUUCUUUUCUCUCGUGUCUCGUGAUUCGAUAGGAUAAGGCUGAUAGGGGAGAAGGGGCCGAAAGUGAUGCUUACAGUUUUCACUUGGAUAUCCUGGGCAUGGCUCGUUGCACUCUUUCUGCGAGACUUUGGCGCUGAUAGGAGGUAGUUUGUCGCCGCACCAGCACCGGUCGCCUUUGACGCCAUAUACGCUGAAGUCUUGUUUCGCGCAGUGCGAUUGACACAUUCCCAAUGAUUGAAAAGUCGAGCCCAUAUGGAUUUUCAGGUCACCGAUGUUGCUGUAACAUUCACUUUGUGAUCGCGAAGCCGAAACGAUGGAAGGCGAGAAGGCCAGAAACGAGAGCAGGCCUAGGCCGAGAAUCUUCCUCGACAUGUUGGAAGAUUGUUAUGCAAAUGAGUGUAGAAGACAAAGGUAGGUUGUCUAAAAAGUGUUUCAAGUUUC